AUGACCGUCUUGCGAGCUGCAAGCUCUAGCUCAGGCACCUACCCUGCCUUAGAAGGGCUGGCCAUGGUGUCAAUCGGUCUGGAGUCCGUAAUCAGAGGAGUGAGCAGUGACCUCGUGGAUGAUGCUCGGGCGUCGAUUAAGCUAAGUGCCACUUAUAUUGUCUGGGUGACAUACAGAUACGACGACCACUCAUCAUUUAAAGUAGAAGUUAACAACAUCUGCGUCUGGACACGUCUUUUUUCUCAGGUGGUGUGGGUGCUGGUGCUGGGGUCGUGGAGUGACCGCUGGGGUCGUCGAGUACCCCUCAUCUUCUCCAUAACCUGCCUCCUGGGGGAGUCCGCUGUAUACCUGGUCUGUGCCCUGUCUCCGCGCUGGUCCAUGGAGACCACACUUCUGGGGUCAGUCAUGUAUUCUCUCAGCGGCGGCACUCAUGGUCUCCUGAUGCUCUGCUUCGCUCAUCUGGCUGAUACGUCUCACCCACGCAGUCGUACGUUACGGAUGGGAUUCUUGGACGCGUCAUACUACCUCGGUGCCCCUGUGGGCAACGCCCUCGUGGGAGUCCUUCUAGAUACUGGCAGCUAUAUGGCAGCUUUUCCUUUCGUCAUCGUCGUCUACAUCGUCAGUAUCAUGUACAUCGCUGCAAGAGUGAGACGUCCAGAGAGGAGCUCCGCACGCGACAACGAAACCUCCGGGUGUGUGACGAUGGCAGGUGAAGCAGGAAGGUUGUGUGUGACGGCAUGUGACGCUGGUCAGUUGUAUGAGGCUGUAAAAGUGACCAUCCGUCCACGACCGCAACGAGCCACUAUCCACAUCCUCCUCCUUAUCCUGGCUAUGCUCUGUGAUUCACUGCCUGUCUGGGGUGAGAGCAACGUGAAGUACCUGUUCGUGCAGCGUGUGCUGAGGUGGGGACACACUCAGUACAGCCACUGGGGAACCUUUUCUUCACUCUUCAGUGUCUGUGUGAUGGUGGUGGUUGUUCCUCUGCUGAGUAUGGUGAUGGCAGUGGCUGACGGCUGGAUAGGUGUAAUGGGAGGCGUCUCCAAAAUAUGUGGAAGUGUCUUAUACGGCCUGGUGACCUCACCUAGCCUGGCCUGGCUCAUGUGGACUGGUGCCGUGGUUUCCGGGGCCAAGAAUAUGGCUCCUGUCUCCAUUCGGUCUCUUCUCUCUAAGCUGGCUGGGACGCAAGACGUCGGAAAAGUGUAUGCAGUGAUGGCAACUUUGGAGUCGCUGUUGCCCUUCCUGGCUGCUCCACUCUACAAUGUUGUCUACACUGCCACCAACACUACUCGAGCUGCCACCUACAACUACCUCUCAGCUGGAUUCCACGUCUGCCUUACCCUCUUACUGUUAGGAGUGACGAUGUCAAUGACCAAGGUAACGCAGAUACUACCUUAAAGCCUCGGCCCCUUCCACAAUAGCACCAUUGCACCACAACUCAAACAGUUACCACUACACUUCCACAGUAGCACCAUUGCACCACAACUCAAACAAUUACCACUACACUACCACAGUAGUACCGCAUUGCCAUAAAACUUCCUGUAGACAUUACAAGCGUCAUAUAUGGCAGGAGUGCGUCAUAUAUGGCAGGAGUGCACCAUAUAUGGAAAAAUGUGUCCUGGGCGUGUUCCUAGCUUAGUGGUGUUCCUAGCUUAGUGGUGUUCCUAGCUUAGUGGUGUUCCUAGCUUAGUGUUGUGUUCCUAGCUUAGUGUUGUGUUGCUAGCUUAGUGUUGUGUUCCUAGCUUAGUGUUGUGGUGUUCCUAGCUUAGUGUUGUGGUGUUCAUUGCUUAGUGUUGUCCGCACUGGCAACACUGUCCAUCUUGACAACACUGUCCACCUUCACAACACUGUCCACCUUCACAACACUGUCCACCUUCACAACACUGUCCACCUUCACAACACUGUCCACCUUCACAACACUGUCCACCUUCACAACACUGUCCACCUUCACAACACUGUCCACCUUCACAACACUGUCCACCUUCACAACACUGUCCACCUUCACAACACUGUCCACCUUCACAACACUGUCCACCUUCACAACACUGUCCACCUAGACGAACUCUUGGAUCUGUCUUGUACUCACCGAUUUGUGGUUGCAGGGGUCGAUUCGGAGCGACCUAGGAAGUAGCUAAGCAACCUAGGAAAUAGCUAGACGACCUAGCAAGCAGCUAGGCUAGGCGACCUAGGAAGUACUUAGGCAACCUAGGAAGUACCUAGGUGACAUAGGAAGUACCUAGGCGACCUAGGAAGUAGAGUUUAAAGUUAUUUGUUGAGAAGCAGUAAAUAAAAAACAAAAACUUUGCAGUUUAACUCAUACUUUAUUAAUGACCUUUGUCAGGAUUAAAAGCUCUGCAUAUAAUUAGUAAACAACAGCUUGUGUUAUGACGACACACUGCUGGGUGUCCCACAGCAGACACCUGGGUGUCCCUGUGAGGGGAUUGGCCCAGCCUGCCUGUAGCCGCCUGUAGGUCUAUCCGGGAACUGAGGGAGAGGCAGAGCGUCUCACGCUCACAUGUGGCAUCAUGUGACGUCACAUACUAGCCGUUAAGUCUAGCAAGGGGUCGUCUAUAUAGCAUGGUUGCUGAUCUCCUACAUAUGUCGUGUGGCAUAUCUGAGUAUCAUAGUUAGUACCAUCCUUAUAUUUUAUAUAGACGACCCCUUGCUAGACUUAGCGGCUAAUAUGUGACGUCGCAUGAUGCCACAUGUGAGCGUCAGACGCUCUGCCUCUCCCUCAGUUCCCGGAUAGACCUACAGGCAAACAGGCUAGCCAAGGGCUCCCCUCACGGCUUUGCAAAUACAAGUGUUACCAGCCAUACUCUUGUGUAUUUCUACACCAACAUUAUCUACUAGAACCCUCCAAGCAUUACGUGUCCCACAGAACACACCUGGGUGUCCCACAGCACACACUGGGGUGUCCCACGGCACACACCUGGGUGUCCCACGGCACACACUGGGGUGUCCUAUGGCACACACCUGGGUGCCCCACGGUACACACCUGGGUGUCCCACGACACACACUGGGGUGUCCCACGGCACACACCUAGGCAUCCCACAGCACACACCUGGUUGUCCCAUGGCACACACCGGGGUGUCCCACAGCACAUACCUGGGUGUCCCAUAGCACACACCUGGGUGUCUCACAACACGUACAGGUGUCCGGACACUAGCCGGUUUUCCCUGGGAACUCCAUCACUUGGUCGGGUUCCUUGGCAACACAGGUGCGACGGUCGUCCUGAAGCUGCAUUCCUGAAGGGCAAUAACAAAUGAAGCCUGAAGAUACCUGGAGAGAGUUCCGGGGGUCAACGCCCCCGCGACCCAGUCUGUGACCAGGCCACAUGGUGGAGCAGGGCCUAAUCAACCAGGCUGUUGCUGCUGGCUGUGCACAAUCCAAAGUACGACCCACAGCUCGGCUGGUCAGGUGCCUGUCCAUUGCCUCCUUGAAGACAGCCUGGGGUCUACUGGUAAUCCCCCUUAUGUAUGCUGGGAGGCAGUUGAACAAUCUUGGGCUCCUGACACUUAUUAUGUUGUCUCUUAUCGUGCUAGUGGCACCCAUGCUUUUCAUUGGGAGGAUGUUGCAUCGUAUACCGAGUAUUGUUUUCGUAGGGAGUGAUUUUUGUGUGCAAGUUUGGUACUAAUCCCUCUAGGAUUUUCCAGGUGUAUAUAAUCAUGUAUCUCUCCCUCCUGCGUUCUAGGGAGUGCAGGUUUAGGAACUUCAAGCAUUUCCAGUAACUGUUUUAUCGCAGUUAUGUUUGCCAUGAGGGUUCUCUGUACAUUUUCUAGGUUAGCAAUUUUACCUGCCUUGAAAGGUGCUAUUAGUAUGCAGCAAUAUUCCAGCCUAGAUAGAACAAGCGACCUGAAGAGUGUCAUCAUGGGCUUUGCAUCCCUGGUUUUGAAGGUUCUCAUUAUCCAUCCUGUCAUUUUUCUAGCAGAUGCGAUUGAUACAAUGUUAUGAUCCUUGAAGGUGAGAUCCUCUGACAUGAUCAUCCCCAGGUCUAACCCCUCCAAGGGGUGAUAAUUAUUAUUUAAAUUAUUAUUAUUUAAAUUUAACAGUUAAAACAGGUAAGUAAUUUAACUAUGUGAAAAGUAGUUACAAUAUAAGGAGAUAUACUAGGGGUAAGGUAAAUUCAGUUAUUUACAUUAGCAUCUAAGACAGAUCAGAUCAUAGUACACGUAUGUUAGAUAUACAAGGAAAUCACUCUCCUCCCUGCUGCUUCUAUAAUGCUCUAAUAUCAACAGUAACAUGUGAUUUACAGUGUCAAAUGCUUGUCUUAGAUCAAUAAAGAGAUCCAUUGGAUAUUCAUUAUUUUCUAGAGCUGAAUAGACCGACUCUAGCAUCUUUAUGACAGUUUCAUAAGUAUUAUUUCCUGAUCAGAAACCAAACUGGCAAGAGUUAAGAAUAUUAUGUUGAUUAAUAUACGCAUAUAUUUGUUUAUAUACUAAAUUUUUCAAAAAUGAAAAGUUAAAAAUUAGUCUAUAAUUGUUAAUUUUAGUUAGGUCAUUUUUGUGAAUCGGGGAAACAUGAGCAAGUUUGAGUAUAUUAGAGAAAAUUUUGGUUUCUCGAGAUUUAUUAAAGAAGGUUGCAGUGACGGGUGAUGGCUCAUGGGCAGCUGUUUAUCCAGGAAUGAUGGUAUAUUGACUUUCUUAAAUGCUUAGUAUAUUUUUUAUUGACGUUACCUCUGUACAAUAUAUUGAACACAAGUAAAGGGAGCCUUGAUAACUGCCACUGGUAAUCACUAACUUGAGCAAUAUACCUUGAGAUUUUCCUGGCAAGAUUAAAACCCAUAUUUGAGAAGUCAUUAAGUUUAUUUACUGUAGCAGCAAUAUGAACGGUGUUCAUUAGGUAUGGUCAGAACAGUUUCUUUGAUCUUAGCAAUUUUGCGUCAGCCUGGUAGUUGAGAGUACUCUCAUGAACUUCCAAUGGAAAAAUCAAGGACCACAAUGGAAAUAUCAAGGAUCCCCAAUGGAAAUAUCAAGGAUCUCCAAUGGAAAUAUCAAGGAGCUCCAAUGGAAAUAUCAAGGAUCUCCAAUGGAAAUAUCAAGGAUCAUCAAUGGAAAUAUCAAGGAUCUCCAAUGGAAAUAUCAAGGAUAUCUAAUGGAAAUAUCAGGGAUGUGGAAAUUUAUCUGGUCCUAAAGUUCCACAGGGCAGAUACCUCGUACAAAGAUCCCAUCCAGUCACGGAUGGAACGGCUGGGUUGGGUGACCCUUACACCCACCCAAAACACACACACACACCCGGGUUGGCGAUGGUGGUUGGAAGGUACAUUUUAAUUGAUAGAUUUACCCUUCAAGGAAGAAGUAGGUAGUUUAUACUGUUAGUACACUAAUAUUAGGAUUAUUGAGGCAACUGUAGAUAAUAAUAAUAUAGACCUAAGACCUUAACGUAGGUAGUAAUGGGCUGAUAAUGUAAGCAUACCCUAGGUUAUAUUAGCCAGGGAGAACUGGCAGCCCAAUUGUGAAUAUAUUUUAAUCUUCCGAAGCUAUAGUGCCUAAUAGGUGCUUAAUGUGUUGAUACGGGUCAAAAAAUGUAUUUGAAAAUGGAAUAGAACCAACAGGGUUCCCUCUGUGCCUGCGCUGAUGUGCAGAGGGUGAGGUCGAGACGGGGCAUCGGGGAGAGAGAGUGUUUGGAAUGGAGUUAAGAGGCCGGGAAAACAUGGGACCAAGAAAUUGGCAUUCAUGGCGGCCUAACUUCUUGGUGAAGAGUGAGGGAACGUGAUUUACGAGACUGCUGUAAUAAGUGGUAAAAUUAGUGAAUAAUGGUAGGACCGGUGGUGGCUGGUGCAACGCCAUGGAGUGUGUCCAGGGGAAAAUACCCGUGAUUUAAUCAUAACUCAUCGGUCUCAGAUCUUAAUGGAGGGACCUCUAAUGUGCAUAAUAAUUAUGAGACAUUAAAUUGUCUUGUGAAUUGUAAUGUAAUCAGUGAUAAUAACACUAAGUUAAGAGAAUGCGUGAAGUGAAAUAAGUCGCCUUGUUCCAAGUGAACACGUGUAGACCUCUUGGUUCCUGUCCCGAGGAUAGUGAAGUUUUUAUGGAGUCACGACUUCUAAACCGGGACAAACCAACGGAUACCUCGUCCUGCUGGAAUAAGAACUGUGUCGGUGUAGCAGGACAUCAAAAUGAGAUGGUGAAUGGAGGAAAUAAGGAGCAUCAAUCACCCACAAUUAGUAACCCUUCUAGUUAUAGCAGACUGAUACUGGCCAGUUAGGUAUGUUGUAAUUGUAUAGGCUGUGGGUGAUCCAGCUACAUUAAGUGACCACCAGAGAAUAUCUGGUAAGUGGUGGUAUUAUAUAUAAGUGUUUUUCCUUGAUGGAUAUAUCCAUGUGUAACCUACCCCUCCCCUCUUCAUUCAGUUAAACUAAUAUAAUGUAUACAGUCCACAAUUAAUUAGUAGCGCCGUACUUGCGGGUGCUAUCCAAUUCAUACUGGUCUCAGGUAGAUAUGGGUAAGAUUGUGAGGUCGAACAAACCACCUGCAGUGACCAGGGGUGGAUAGGUUUUCUCACAUGUCUACAUGGGGUAACUACGAUAAACAAUAUGGUUGUUGUCUCCCAAUGAGAUUACUUGUAUGAAUGUAAUGUUGAGGUACAUGCUGGUAACCCCUAUAAAAUUUUCCAUACCAAAUUUGAAUACUGGGGCACAGGUUUGAGACUGCAGUGCCCUUUCUUCUAAGACCAGACACCGAGUAACAAGUGCCGUGAACAUCAGGGUGGCGCCCCAUGUGUCUACACAUACUAGGCCCUGGGGAAAACUGGUGGAGGCACUUCGAAGUACUGUAGAUGACCUCCUCCGUCAGGCCCAUACAGUAAGACGAAACCUACCUUUUCUCUUUCAGUAUUCUGGCCAGUUUCUGGGGGGAAUUUGUGAGUGAGUUGAACUGUGGGUCUUUGUGCAGCUGGACGGCCUAAUGAUCGGUACGUGCUGGCGACACCUCGUGGUGUAGCUUUAGAAGCUAGUGUCACUUUCUGCAUAGUUAUACUAGGGGAUACACACCCCCUUGGAAACAGGGAUUUCUGAGGUGCAGACAGGUCACUAAUAACGAUUGAAUAUUGCAGGAAUUAAGGCUCCCGGUUGCACGUGGUUCUGAGGGAUAGUCUGGAGGGGCUAAAGCAUAGGGAGGUUGAAGUCCAGAAUAGAUUCUCCAACACCAAAUAAGUUAGCCCUUCAUUCUUGCAUGCAGGCGAGAUUUUCUUGCAACGUCAGUCAUUUGUGGAAAUCUGUCCUAUAAGCCACUUGUGAGGCUGAGGUGCCGACCUCAGAGCUUGGUGUCAACAGAGCUGGCUAGGGUAAGCAACUCACAUGGAGGCAGUCUAGACAAAUUUUCACAAAGUGGUCCUUUGAACCGUGAUGUGGAAUAGUUAACAUAGCUAGGCCACAGUUAGGAACCAGUUUAACAGAGUUAGGUUAAGUUAGCACACCUGGGCCCAGAGUUACACAGAGGCUAGGCCAAGCUGACUAUACACGGAAGUUAUUAUUUACAGUAAUUUACAGGCAGGCCAGGUAGGCUAGAGAAGCUUGUGAAUUUAAUUAUUUACAGUGAUUACAAGUAAACCAGAGUAGGAGACGUGUGUGUUAAUUACUUACAGUGGAUUUGCAAGGUAGAUACAGUAGGGCUAGGCUUGUGCAAUAUUUACAACAGUUAUAGUAGCUAGGACAGAUUUACCCUAGUUAUUAUUUACAGUGAAUUCUAAAGCCAGGUUUAGGCUAUAGCACACUAGUUAGGUUAGGAUUUACCUUAUCCAACCAUCCACGCUAGAAUGAAUAAGCUGGGCACAGUAAGCCAAGCUGUUUACACACAUUAUUUAUUUACUGUUUUGCAAGUUGAAUUGUUGAAUUUAUUUGUGCUAACCAAGUGAUUUUUAAUUUGUAUAACGAAUUUUUAUUGUGUGAUUUUCAUUGUCUUUGACUCAUUUUAAUGUGGGAUUUGUGAUUUGUACCAGAGACUAGCUUAAGUCCUGUAGUAAUUUGCUGACAUUGUACAGGAAAUUGCUAGGUUAAGCUUUCACAUUGAUCUACAUUUCAGUUGGGUUUGAGAGCUAACAGCGUACAUUUUAAUUCAGGGUAGAGUCAAUGUAAUAAAGGGAGUCGUUAAGCUUGUUGAGGAGCCUUGAGGCUCGUUCAUUCUUGCCUAAUACCGCUCGUGCUGUGGGGUGGGCUAAUUGAAGUACAAAUUAGUACCGUGCUCUUAACUAAACCUCGAUUAUGGCGGGCGAAGAUGGAGUACCAGCUGUCUCAGCUGUAAGUCAAUAAAAGUGGUCUAUGGGUGCCUAUAAGGGACGCCUAAACAAAGCACGUGAGGAGUGUCGUAUGGCCAGGCAAGAUCAGGAUGUAGACUAUGAGGAACUAGAGAGUUGACUGAAACCUUUGGAGGAAAGGCUUGCGGCCUUUGAAAAAUCAUUUAUACUUUAUGAGACAGAGGCCUAUGCUGCAGGUGAGUUUGAUGAUACAAUCCAGGUAGCUCAGAAGGACUAUGACGAACGAAGGGCAGAGUGUAAAGCAGAGAUGAAACUCUGCAGGCAGUUAAUAAAGACUUUGAAGGCCGGUAUGGCAGGGGCAGCAAAUAUUUCAGGGAGCACAAGCAGCCACACGCCUGUUAAUAUGUUGCCCCGAUUGCCCCAGUUGCAUUUAUCAAUGUUCGAUGGAACCUUAACAGAGUACUGCUCCUGUGGGGAGCAGCAGCAGGAUAAUACUGCACCACCUCUCGGGGCCCUUAACAACAACAACAGCUUGAUGUGUGUCAUGGGCCCCAACACAUGGUGUGUGAUUCUCUUCUCUUAUAUCCAUAUAUUAGUGAUGCAGAUUACAUGGUGAGUUUAAAUAUGUGGCCUGUAGUUAUAACUUUUCUCUUGACAUAUGCAAGACAUCACCCUCCCUGUAGAAGCAGUUAUUAGAUGUACUAGUCAUUAUAUUUUGUUGUUGCAGAAGUACUAUGAAGAUUCUAUGUUCAAUAAAGCUUAGAAAUAAG